CGAUUUGGAUCAUUCCUAGCAGAAUCCCAAAUUCCCUUGCCAUUCGGUUCAGCCAUUCCCAUUUUGGCUUCAGAACUUCGAUGCACGGAGGCGCCGCAGCGGCACGCCGGCAGCUAGUAGUGGCACUCCCAGUCCUAGUUCCCUUCGGCUUCCACCUUCCCUUUCCAGUUCCUUCCCACCUCGCAUUGCGCGUGUAGUUGGCGAUUUGGCGGCCCUCCCAGUUCCCAGGUUUUGGUGUAGCUGUGUUGGUCAGAUGUUGGUAUUGGUAAAAUGUUCCCCGUACCUGUGUUCCCCGGUGGCACUCCCCCUUCCCAAUUCGGCGACGGCAACUGCUGCUACUCGACGAGUUUGCACUUGAGCAGCAGAUCCACCGAUGGAAUUUAGUCUCUCGAAUUCAGACCGGCCCAUGUUUUGAACUUGCGCCAGCCCACAUAAGAAGACCCACAAUCGGCCCAGAUGGGAUCCAACAUCCUAUGGGCCAUCUGGACUUCCCCGCCAAAGCCCAUAUCCCUCUUACAGUAACACUACUACGUUGGCGCACAGAGCGAGAGAGAGAGAGAGAAAGAGAGAGAGAGAGAGAGCGAGCAGGGAGAUGGAGUCGGGAGUUCUGGUGAUAAUUUUCUUCUUCAAUCUACUCGUCCCCUUUUCCUCUGGCAAACCUUCUGAAGUUUGCAUUUCUCCGGGUGGUCGCUUUCCCCCAUUCUCAUCGGAAGGGAAACCUCCAAAAAGAGUCAGCAAGGGAUCCAAAGAUUUGACCCUUUGCAGGGUCUUUCGCAGAAAGACAUGCUGUGAUGUAUCCCAAACACAUCCUGCUUUGCUAACCAUUAGGAGGCUGGCUUCAACAGGGGAAGCCAGCCAAGAAUGCUUGCAAUUGUGGGAGUUAUUGGAAUGUUCUAUCUGUGAUCCACAUGUUGGUGUUCAGCCUGGACCUCCUCUCGUUUGUGCCUCCUUUUGUGAUAGAGUCUUCCAUGCUUGUUCAAAUGCGUACUUCUCUAUGGAUGCAAAGAUGCAGGUCCUAGCACCAUGCGGAGUGAGUGACUUUGUUUGUGGCAGAGCUUCUGAAUGGAUCUCUAAUGGCACAGAGCUAUGCCGCGCUGCUGGUUUUGCUGUGAAACCGUCUGUUGAUAUAUAUGGUGGCACAGAAGAAACAUCUUGCUAUGGUGGGAAAGCCAGUCUAGAUUCUAUUGCUGAUUCAUGGAAGAUUUUGCAAUCAGAGGCACCCUCAAAAACUGGUGUUCAAGGGGUGUUAAAAUAUUUCCAGCAAAGGGUGAGGGAAAUGCCAUUUAUUGAAAGAGUUUCUUGGGCGGUUGGAGGGAUGGUUCUUACAGCUGGACUAGUGUUUAUAAGCAACAGGAAAAGCUACAGCCAACGCCAGAAGCUAGCUGCUAUUCAGCGAACUGCUCGGAAACUGGAAACUAGGAUGAGCCAUAAGUCUUCUGUUGAUCAAGGAAAUAGGAGAAGACGUGGGAGAUGAAUGUAACUUUUUGUAUGUGAAUAAUAAUAUAAUCUGUUGUGAUAAUUUAUAUGUUUGUCAAGAUUUUGCUAUUCAAAUGUGAAUUCAUGCCCCCUUACCCCUUCAUCUUUUUCCCUUUUUAUUAAUGGAGGACUGUCUUUUCCAGA